CAGACACUUGUUUACCAUAGUGCGUUCUUUAUUCAAAAAAAUUUUACGGCCAGUGACUUAAAAAAAAGUUGGAGCGCGGGAAAGAAUUCAAAUUUAGAAUUUGGUGUUCGAUUUUACGCAACGUUUAGUUCUGUGGUUCUGCCAGUUUUUAAACAUGAAAUUCUUUUAUAAAGUUGUGUUACCUUUCGUAGGUGUAAUGUUGGGUUUUUACUGCAUAACUGGUUCUACAGGUCUGUACAUCACAAACCUGUCGCAAGCGUGUUUCCGCUGCCUUUGCCACGUCGCUACAGGGUGUGCUGUGUCUCAUGGCUGCACGGGGGGGUACUGCGGGCCCUUCAACAUAUCCAGGGUGUAUUGGAUAGACGCGGGGAAGGUCACGUUGCCUGAAGACGAUCCUGAGAGGAACCAUGCUUGGGAAGACUGCGCCAGAAGCUAUCACUGCGCUUCGAGAAUCGUCGAAGGAUAUUUGCAGAAAUUUGGCAAGGACUGCAACAGCGACGGAGUAACCAACUGCUUCGACUACAUGAUGAUUAACGGUAACGGCGGGUAUGGAUGCACGGCGCCGCUGAACCGGUCAGCCAACGGGCGGCGAUGGCUGCAGAGGUUUCAGGAGUGCGCUCUGAACUUAUAAAAUACGAUUACACCCAAACCAGGGCAUUUUCAGAUGGGACCCCUCAAUUAGCGUAAGCUGUUAACAAAAAAUAACUCAGUGUCGG